AUGAUUUGCAAGACCCACUGCGACCACAUCUUCGGCGGGGAGGUCUGGCUCAGAGUGCGGAGCCAGAUGGGCGGCAGCCCCGCCGAGUCGGUGGACGCCUGUACCACGCCACCAUCGACAGGCGACUCCAGGAAGGCCAGCGAGCUGGUCUGCCAGGAGCAGGCGAUGCUGACGGAUUUCGCCAGGGCUGCCAGCCGCCCAGCCGCCCACCAGGCGCCGCGAGCCCUGGGCGCGCCGCCGGGCGAGCCAGGCGCACGCCUCGCCAGGGCGCUGCUGGACAAGCCGCUGGCGCUCGGAGCGGAGCGGGCGUUGGCGGCCAAGGAGGCGGAGGCGCCCGCCUCGCAGCGCCACGCCGGCGCCGAGGCCGUGGCAGGGCAGGCGGCAGGCGCGGCGAGGCGGCUCCGGCCGCGGGCGGCCGCGCCAGACACCCGACGGCACGAGGCUCGAGCUUCGAGGCUGGACGAUAUCACGGAUCAGGUGUCCUUGCUGAACGUUUGGCCAGCAGCCGAGCCCGCGGCGGCCAGCGGCGCCCCGCGCAGCGCGGCCGCGCCCGAGGCCGAGGCGCCGGCCGCGCCGGCCGACGGCAGGCCCGCCGCGGCGGCGCCGCCGGGCGCGGCCGAGCUCGUGGCCCCCGCCGGGCCCGCGGCGGCAGCCGGCGGCGCCCGCCGCCCCGAGGCCGCGGCCGAGGCCGCGGCGGCGGCGGCCGAGGGAGCUCCCGCCGAGCCCGCCGUGGCCGAGGGGGGGCCCGCCGCGGGCGGCGCGGAGCACACCACGGGCCCUGCCAUGGCGCCGCUGGCGCCCCUCGCGCCAGCAGCUGUCGACGAGGAGGGGCCUCCCGGAGAGCCGGCCGAUGCCCCCGCCACGCCCCGGGCCGCGGCCGCGGCCGCCGCGCCCGCGUCGCCAGAGAGGGCGGACCGCGCGCCCACGUCGCCGGACAAGGUUGCGCUACAUCCGGUGCAGGAGAGAACAUCGGCGACACCUAGGUCGGAUCCGUUCGAAGGUGAGCCCUCGACAUCGUGGAAGCGAAAAAUGAGACGUCUGAGACUUGCGGCGCACCGUCAAGCUGCGAUUGACUUCUCUCACUUGGACCGCCCUGCGCCGGUCAUUGUUCUAAGCACUAAACAUAAUGCGGCCUGUCCACAGGAGGGUUCGCACGAUAUUGCUUCUGUUCGUUCUUCUUCUAUGGCCGACGAUAUUUCGCAGGAUAUUGCUGUGCGCGACGACGCUGAGGAGGUGGUUAAGGAGACUGUUGUCCAUGAUCGUUCGCAUGAUAGUUCUCAGGAUAGAAGCGUUAAGGAGACUGCUUCACAGGAAUUUCCUUCGCUUGAUCUCUGCGGUGAGUUACUGGCAUGUGAUAGCAGGUCGGGGCAGGAUGCUGUCCUUGAGGGGCCCCUGAGGCAGACCCUAAAGGCCCAGGAUGUUGAUCAUGAGGCUUCUGGUUAUCAGAGGCCCCGUGUACUCGCUUCACGUUUGCUAUCUUCCCAGACGUGUGCUGACCAGAGCUCUUCAUCUAGGCGUGUCCUGUUUGAUGAUCGGUCUUCAGUGGUUUGGUAUGAGAUACCCCUUCAAGCGAGCCUGAGACCCAUAUCGAGGCGGAGACCCAUGGAGGGUUCGCAGGUUAUUGCUCCUGUUCGUUCUCCUUUCGCGGCCGCGGAUACUGCUCCACGUGAUGUGACUCCGUGUGAUAUUUCGCCUGAGGUAGCAUUGCACAAUGACGUUGAGGAGACCGUGUUGCAUGAUUUUGUUUUCUUGUGAUGUUUGUGUUCGUUGUUUUUUGUGGCCGCUGGUACUUCGCACGAUUUUGCUUCGCGUGAUGUUUUGUCGCAUGACAGUUUGUCUGACUUCUCUUUGCGCGAGGACGUUGACGAGACCGUGUUGCAUGAUAUUGUUUCGCUUGGUGCUGCUGGUGGUUCAUCGAGUUCAGCAGGUCUUCUCUCAGAGUGGGAGGAGAUGUGGAUGCAUCAGACGGAGGCGGUCUUAGCAGCGGUGAUGCGGUGGAGGUCCAAGAUAGAGGAUGCUGUGAGUGCAGAAGGCUCUCACGACGGUCGAGAACAUGAUAAUAGAGGUUCAGAAUCGGCAGGUUGCUCAGGAUACCGUCUAAUUCAUGCAAGUCUGUCAUUAUCCAGGUAAACGUUCAUGAUGACAGCGAGACAUUCGAUUCAAAGUUCAAUGGCAUGAGACGUAGAGCUGGUGUUGUGGGCCCCCAUGCUGUGGAGAUGGGGUGGUCUCAUGCUGUGUUGUACUCUACCAAAGUCACGCAAGUUUUCGAUGAUGACAAGGAGGUCGUUUCAAUCAUUAUGAUUUGUUACUUGGUGCCUCAAAGUAGGUCACUCGUAGCUCUGAUCGACAGUGCAGCUGCCUCAAAGCAGGUCGCUUGGAUGUGAUCUCAUAUGCUUUGUAUAUACAUGUUCCUCAGGAAGGUCGCUUGUACUUGAAGGUCGUUUUCCUGGCUCAUUGAAGCCUGCUCGCUGCCCGAUGAGGGCCUGGUUCGCGAGAACCUCAAGACGGCCCAAGAUGGUCCCAAA